ACACUCAUUUCGUCCGCAAGUAUCGUGGAUCAAGCAUCAUUAAAUGCCAUACUUGGUACAGCCAUAAGAAUUGGUGGAAGAAACGCGACGAGUUAGAAUCAAAAUCUUGAUCUCACGUUUUUCUUUUUUUACGCGGAAUUACAUCCGAAGUGCAUCCUAAGAUCUAGGGCGAGAAUAUCAUAUAUACCCGAUAUUUGCUCAAAUUAUUGUCCAUGUUGUCGCUAGACAAUUUUUGUAAACACAACACGUCACAGAAAGCAAACGUGCUGUAUGAUGCAUUGCUGAGGACCGAGAUGUGUUUCACGAUCGACCCUAAUAAUAAUUUUUCACGAGAUAGUUGAGUGAGAAAAAUAAGAUUGUGAUUGUAAUAAUUAUUAUCAAGAAUCCAGCAUCCACGCAGAAAGAAUCAUCCGAGGGAUUUAAGAAAGCAUUCUUCGCAUAAAAAAAGAGCAGAAUUUUAUUAAGAAGAAACGCGUGUCAAAUUUACGAGCGAGCGCGAAACCCAGCCCCGCCGACGAGCAGCAGCAGAUCAGCGCAGAUUCAGCAGGAAGACCUCGCCUGGACUCACUGAUCAACAUCAGCUACAACAACAGCGGCUUGAUAUUCGACCAAGUUUCCUGUCGAACGCGAGGGUUCAACAUCUGAUUUUUUUUUAACCAAGGCAGCUUCACCCACACGUGCCGACAUCGUAGAAUGGUAGAAGGUGAACCCGACACAAAGCGCAAUAUUAAGUGUGAUGUAAAAGACGAGCGGCUAAACGGUUGCGGUUCUAAAGACUUCGAACUUGCCCGUAUCGGAUUAAAAGGCAAAACUCUCGAUCCAGAGAAGGGAUCCUAUGUUCAAGCUGACUUCGAGAAGGCCAUCGAACUAAGCGAAUAUGGCAAGUUUCAUUACUUCCUGCUCGCGGUAUGCGGCUUCGUCAGCACCAGCGAGGAGAUGGACGUGAUCUCCAUGUCCUUCAUCCUGCCGAGUGCGCAAUGUGACCUGAAACUUGACACCCAAGCAAAGGGAUGGCUCAACUCGAUCAUCUUCAUCGGGAUGAUGGCCGGGGCGUACGCGUGGGGUUCCGUAGCGGACGCCCUCGGUCGUCGGAAGGUCCUGAUCGCCAUUUCGUUCAUGAACGCCCUGUGCAUCGUCGCCUCUAGCUUCAGUCAAACGUACGAACUCUUCAUGUUGUUCCGUUUCCUGAACGGCGCGGCGCUGGGAGGUAGCGGACCGGUCAUCUGGUCGUACUUUGCCGAAUUUCAGCCAAAGUCCAAACGCGGCUCCAUGCUGUCUUUCAUGGCCGCGUUCUGGACGCUGGGGAAUCUCUUUGUGGCCGGUUUGGCGUGGUUGAUCAUCCCUAGAGAGAUGGGUUUCACGAGUUUGACGUUCACCUACAACUCUUGGCGAAUCUUCCUGCUGAUCUGCGCUAUUCCGUCGUUCGUCGUGACGGGGUUGCUUCUGUUGCUCCCAGAAUCCCCCAAGUAUCUCCUGUCCUCCGGAAAGUAUGAGGAGGCACUCGAGAUCUUUCGCAAGAUAUAUGUCAUUAACACCGGCAAACCACAUGAGACCUACAUGGUAAAAGAGCUGAUUCUCGAUGAUUUUCAAGAAUCGAAUCCGGUGAAGGACGAAGUCGAGGAGAAGAGCAAAUGCAAAACCAUGCUAGGUGAUAUCGUGGAGAACAGCAGACAGCUAUUUAUAACGCCUAUUCUUCGCUUUACCAUAAUAUCGAUCGUUAUCAAUUUCACCUUUCACAUCGGUUAUUACGGUCUCAUGAUGUGGUUCCCGGAACUGUUCAAUCGUUUCGACGAAUUCCAUCGUGAUCAGCCGGGGAUGGUGGCCUCGAUAUGCCAGGUCACCGAUUACGUCGUUAAUAAGGGUUCGCAUAGCAUCGAGAAUGUCUGCACCGAUAAAAUCGGUGCGUCCGUCUUUAUGGAAUCCCUUAUCACGGUGGCAUCCGCUAUACCUGCCAACAUCAUCGCCGUCCUGGGGAUGGAUCGUCUGGGGCGUAAAUUUUUUCUAGUGUUCAGCACAUUCUCAUCAGGGCUGUGCUCAAUCGGUUUGUAUUUCGUGUCCAACAAGUAUCAGAAUUUGACGGUGUCGGCUAUCUUUAGCGGGGCGAUAAGUUGCGGUAACGCGGCUCUGGAUUGUCUCAUCACCGAGGUAUUCCCUACGCAGUUGCGUGCAACCGGAAUCGCGAUAUCAAUGGUUGCCGCCCGCCUUGGCGGGAUAAUUGGUAAUAUAGUUAUAGCCCAGCUCUUGGACAUGUAUUGUCCGGCACCGACCUUCAUAGUGGCCGCUCUCCUGAUUGGAGGAGGCUUACUAUGUUUAUUCCUACCAAACACAACGCGCGAACCACUUUCCUGACCCUAACAGAAGUCCAUCCACAUCGAUCUACAAUCAUUUAUGCAUUUUUUUCAAGUACAAGUGUCGCGU